CCAACAUAUUUCAGAGCUCGAUGGGCUCCAGGCUUUUUCCGGCAGCACCAACCCCACAGACUCCUGAAGCCUCAAGAAUUUGCUUGCAGCUAAUUUAAAGCAAACAUUUACAUAUGGAAAAACAAUGUGGUGGAGCCUGUGCCAGGUUUCUCCCUUGAUUCUCACUAUAUGCUCUCUGUCUAUAACAUCACGUUGGGCCACGGCUGCAGCAUGCGGGGAGCCGGCGGCGGUGCCUGCCCAGAGAAGAAGCAUCAGAGAUGCAAGUUCUCCAGCUCCUGUCAACUGUCAGCUGAGCCAGUGGUCGGAAUGGACUGAUUGCUUCCCUUGCCAAGGGAGAAAACACCGGCACCGGACGCUGCUGCAGCCAGCAAUGUUUGGAGGGCAGCGCUGCGAGGGGCCCCUCUGGGAUGAGCAAAGCUGCAGUGCUGGGAAGAGCUGUGCCAGAGCUCCAAGCUGUGGGAAUGACUUCCAGUGCAAGGAGAGCGGUCGCUGUAUUAAACGGCAUCUUGUGUGCAAUGGCAAUACAGACUGCAGAGAUGGGUCUGAUGAAAAUGACUGCGAAGAUGAAGAUGCUGAACGCCCCUGUGGCAAUCUGUUCCCCAUCCCAGGGUCUGAAAAAGCAGCACGAGGAUACAACAUCCUAACACAAGAGGAGAGAAGGUACAUAUAUGAUCCUAAAUUUCUGGGAGGUCACUGUGAAUCUGUCUACAAUGGGGAGUGGAGGGCACUGAGGUAUGAUGCCACGUGUGAACGCCUGUACUAUGGAGAUGAUGAGAAGUAUUUCCUGAAGCCUUACAACUUCCACAUAUACCAAUUCCUGGCUUAUGCUGAUUCUGGAUUCUCUUCUGAGUUUUACGAUGAUUCAAAAGAUCUGAUUGAUGCCCUCAGAAGCAGUAAAUCCAAAGGAGGGGGUUUCACCAUCGGGAUUGGGCCUGGAAAAAUAGAUUUCAAACUGAACCUCGGCUUCACCUUAUCACGUGGCAAAGGAUCCCUGAAGAAUUUCACAGAAUAUACUGCAAAGAAUGUUGGAUUCAUUAGAAUUGCGACCAAUGUGCAGACAGCCCGCUUCAAGAUGAGAAGGAACAACAUAAUUUUGGAUGAAGACACGCUCAUCUCCCUGCGGGACCUUCCAGAUAUCUAUAAUUAUGGCAUGUAUGCCAAAUUCAUCAAUGACUAUGGCACCCAUUUCAUGACAUCUGGCACUAUGGGAGGCGACCUUGAGUACAUCCUCGUUGUUAACAAAGAAGAAAUGAGACGAAAAGACAUCAGCUAUGAAGAAGUAACCACCUGUUUUGGCCUCUCAGUGGGCAUGUCAGCCACAAAGCUUAUGCUGCAUUGGGAAGCAUCUGUGUCACUCUCUGUCUGCGCAGAGAAACAGCUUCUGAAUGCUGCUGACUUCUCAGAUGCUGGGAGCAACAGUCCAGUCGUGGAAGAUAUCAUUGUCCGGAUUAAAGGUGGAGAUACCUCUUACAGUGCACGGCCCUUAAGCAGUUGGGAUAGCAACACGUAUCGGCGCUGGGGAAGGUCAUUAAAAUAUAAUCCAGCUAUUAUUGAUUUUGAGCUGCAACCUAUCCACGAAAUCCUGCGCAGAAGUGCUGCUGGCAACAUGGAAACCAAACGGCAGCACCUGAAGCGGGCUUUGGAUGAGUACCUGCUGGAAUUCAAUGCCUGUCGCUGUGGGCCAUGCCAGAACAAUGGGGAACCUGUCCUGGUGGGAGAUGAGUGCUCGUGCCAGUGCCGGUCUGGAUACAGUGGCCCUGUCUGUGAGCAGACUGAGCACCAAGGCACAGAGACAGAUGGGCACUGGAGCUGCUGGUCAUCCUGGACCUCGUGCCAGUCAGGCUCACGGCACCGCAGCCGGCAAUGCAGCAACCCAGCCCCGCAGCAUGGAGGGGCAUCCUGCAUGGGGAGAGAUGAGCAGAGCUCUUCCUGCUGAACCCAGCAUGGCUCCAUAGGCAUGAGCUCAAGGCUCUAAGUGCCUCAGGUAUGAAAUACACAGGUUAGAACUGUUUACUCGCGGAAAUGUCUAUGUUUGCCUUUGGAAAACAAAUUAAAAGCUCGCGAUCCUUGCAUUUUUAUGCAGUUGGUAUUGGCAUAUGUACCAUGAAACUUUUAUAAGUUGGCACCGUCAGAUUCUUACGUCUAGCAUAUUGGACAGGGCUGUGUCUUCAGUAAAGCCAUAUGCUGAGCUGCAUGGAGGAAGCUUAAGCCCAAAGACGUUCAAAGAGCCAUUGUGAAAUGUCAGCUCAAAGAUUCUUACAUCAACAAAUAAAGUAACAAAGAGGCCGGAAGGAAACCAUUCUUCAGGGGAUGCUCACAUAGGGGCAGGCUGCUCCUCCAGUGAUGGGCUGAUUGGCACAUGGGCAUUUCAUGCCCUGGGCAUCCAGAGACAGAGAAUUUGCUACUGAGCUGCUUGAUUUAAAGAUCUCUUCUGAACGUAAGGCAUAAAUCUCAGCACAGGAAUACAUGUGGUAUUGAACUGCAUCCAGAGCCCACAGCUCAGCCCUCUUAAUGAACUGCCACAAAACCCAGGGAGGACAGAAGGCAAGUGGCACUUUAUUUCACUGCGCUUUGCAUUGCAGGGAAAGCAGGGAGGGGGGAAAAAGCCCUGAGAAGGAAUCAAGCAUUAUGAACAGCAACAAAACCUCAAAGCACAAAGGAGCACUUCUACAUACAUUUGAAUGGGAAAGGAAUCGUGGUUUAGUGAAAGAAAUUGCUCAGCUCUAGCUCUGAUGCUUGGAAAUGCUUGUUUCUCAACAGUGUGUCGGUGGUGAUUUAGAGGCUGACAUGUAGCUGAUGUAAAUCAGUGUAGCUCCUUCACUGCAGCUGAUUUAUGCUACCCGAAGAUCUGGCCCCAUAUUUUCUUUUGUGUGCACAUUUGCCAAAAGAUAAUUUUUUCUUUUUUUAAUCGCUUCUGUUUUGCUUGAAAGUGAAACUGCAGCAUUUUUUUUCUCUUCUUUUCUUUUUUUUUUUGUAUAAGAAAAUAACAAACCGUGCUGUCUCAAACACCAAGGUUUGAUUUUUCAGUGAAAAAUUACUACGACACGUUUCUAAGAUGUGGAUAAAUGUCUGAAAAAACGGUGGCCUUUUUGCCAAGCUUGCUUUCCCAGGUAAAGUCUGCAUUCAUCCAGAGAUAGAUUUGCUCCCCAGGGUUUGGAUCUGAUGUCUUCUAUGCUGAGAAAAUGCAGCAGCAUGAAGCAUCCACUGAUACUGGUGUGAUUAAGGCAGCACGGAGGAAAGUGAGCAAAGCAGCAUUUUCCCACUAUGGUUCUAUCAAUAGUUGUUGGCAUAGGGCUGGGACAUUAUGCAGGACAUGAUCAAUGGGCAAAGGGGUGAUGGGAUGAUGGUUGCUUUUGAUGACUUGGACUUGAUAAAGAAAUUCUUUACUGUGAAGAUGGGGAGAUGCUGGCACAGGUUGCCCAAUGAAGUUGUUGAUACCACCUCCCUGGAAGCACCAAGGCCAGGCUGGAUGGGGCUGUGAGCAACCUGGUCUAGAUGGAGGUGUCCCUGCCUAUAGCAGGAACUACAUGAUCUUAAAGGUCCCUUCCAACCCAAACCAUUCUGUGAUUGUAUCAUCUUAGAGGUCCCUUUCAACCUUAAUGAUACUAUGACUCAGUGAUUAUGUAGAAACAUAUGACAGGGUUCUUACAUCCAAAACUAUUUUGGUUCAUGGGUGAUUCUCACCUGUGCACAGACUGCUUGGGACAAAACCCAAGAGCAAAUGAGAGUCAAGCUACUGCAGUGAGCCUCUGUGGCCAGGGGGAAGAAAUUAAUGAAGGGAAAGAUUUGCUGUCUAAGAGGCUGGAGAGUGGAGGCUGGGGGAAGAUGACCUGCAGCCUCACCUUUGGAGGCAUUUCUAUAAGGCUGGAAAGUCACCACAACCAGAGAAAUCCAAAUGAUGAAAGAAUUGAAUGUGAACCAACACCAAGAAGGGCUGGGCAGCAGCCCCUUUCCUCUGCUCACCCAGGACUCAGGCAUCUUCCUCCCCAGAGCUCAGAGCAGAGAACUGCAGUCCAGGGAGAAAAUGCCCAUAAGGUCUGUUUAAAUUAAAAAAAAAAAAAAAAAGAGAGAGAAAAGAAAUAAAAAAGAUUAUGAGCAAUUACACAUUUACCACUUGCCACUCAAAGAAGCUAAUAUUUCUCCUGCUGAAGUGGCCAGCAUGAGAGCUGUGCUAGAUGAGAUAAGGAGCAAAAAUGUACAUUUCUUACUUAAACUAAAAGCUUAGAGGGUACAAUAAAACACUACGGUUCCACCCUGGCUUUAAUGAAUGGAUUUUCCCCUCUUGCACAUUGACAUACAUUUGAUAUAGUUAUUUAUCCUAUAUAUUUCUUGUGGCAUAUUUCCCAGGAGACCUUGUUUAUCUCUCUCGUAAGUACAUGAUGGAUGUAUGGUGCUUUGGAUAAAUGGUAUCACAAUCAGAUAUUUUUAUGGAUAUAGGCAAACUGGGUUAUUAACAAAGGAAGGGCAGAGAAGAACCAGUACGCAACAGAAAACAGCAAAUGAUUGAUGACAAUACACCUGAGGUUGCAAGGUGCAGGCUCCAGAUAACCAGCUAACAGGAGAGGAGAUAAGGGCAGUGCCUGAGACAGAGCUGUUUCCCACCCCGGGGUCAAUGUCAUGCUGGCUGCCCCAAUGGAUGGGUCCCUCCCAGCCCUCUAUUUCACAGCAGCUGAGGACUGCCCACUGGGAGCAGCUCUGAGAUUGUCUCCUUCCCCUCUAUACAGUGUUAAGGCACUGCUGCAGGAAGAAGCAAAACAUCAAAUCUACCCCAAACUGCAAAAGACAACAGAAAUGACAAAAGACAGUAGAUAAAAACAAAAGAAAUGCCAGAUCCUGGGGAGUUCAGGGGGAGGCUGGCAUUUGUUGUGCUGCUGCAUUGUGCCCAGCACAGUGAGAGUCUAAGUGCUAAUAAUGGUAGUACAUAAUGGUAAUAAUGACUGUCCUCCUCUCUAGUGUUGUUGAUUUACACAACCAGAAGGUGUUAAAAUAGGAUAUAAAAGGAAGAGAAAUCUGCAGCCAUAAUUUGAAAGCUGGCGGUUUGCUUUGGUGCUUAUUGGGCUGUAUUACGAGUACUGCAGAACAACCCACUGUUGGCAAUCUGGGGACUGUUAUCACCUCUACAUGGACUUGCUGGGUCACUUUCUAUGCAGUCUCUCUGUCUGUGUCCAUUACUUUCUCUGUAAAGCAGAUUUCUGGUUUAUAUGCCCUCAGAGGCCUGGGUGGGGACAAUGGCAAGACUGCUGCAAGUCACCCAGCUCUCCUACCGUAUCAAUGCAAGGGAUCAUGGAUCAGCUGCUGGACCGUGAACCAACCUGAUGACAGCCUAGACCAAAUCCCAGCUGGAAAUCAGUCUGACCCAUUUCCGAUGUUAGGUGCAGUAAGAAUCAGGCUGGUUUUGUGCUGGGAAAGUUGGACACAGAAUCACAGGGUCACCAAACCAUUUAGGAUAAAAAAGACCUUCAUGAUCACCAAGUCCAACCAUCAGUCUGAUGCUGAGACUCAUCACAAAACCAUGAUCCUUAGUGCCAUGUCCACACAUGUCUUGAAUACCUCCUGGGAUGGGGACCCCACCAUUGCCCCAGGCAGCCCGUUCCAAUGAUUGAACACUCCCUGUCUGUAAGGAAAUUCUUCCUAAUAUCAUGACACGACAAUUAGAACUUACCAAAAAUACUGUUUCUGGAACUUCUCCAAACCAUGUUGACUGGAUCCAUCACACAUCACAGCAGCAACAUCUUCAGGAAGGAGGUGGAAAAAAUACAUUUUCCCUGUUUACUGAGUUUAUUUUUAGCAUGCAAAUAGCAAUAGCUGUGACAACCAGUCAGUAUGGCUCUUGUGCUGAGACACAGGUGACAAAAGCAAUGAUACAGAACUACCACAGGUUUAAGGAACCACACAGUCUUAGAAUAGUUUGGGUUGGAACAGAUCUUUAAAUCAUCUAGUUCCAAUGUAAAGAAACCCAUAUUAAUACAGCACAUCUGGUCCAGGGCAGGAAUGCAAUAUGAGAUGCAAUAAAGCCCAUUGAGACAAGAAUCUUAGCCAGGAAAAUGGGCUUAACCAGCAGAGAACAUGCACGUGUUGUGUCUGCAGCCUUCUUGUUUUCAUACCUGGGUUAUUAAUGUCAACUUGCACGGAAAGUGGAAGUGAGAAACCCCAGUAAAAGAUAGUACCAAAAUUUAAUGCAUAUCAAAAUGAAACAAUAAAACCUUCAGCACAGAAUUUUUUAUUACCCUCCAGGUCAUCGUAAAUUGUUAGCUAGUUAAAUCAAAGCACAAAAUCACAAGGACAAGAUAAAGUUAUGUCCUUUAGGGGAGGCUCCUAGAGCCUAUAGGCUCAACAUGCAACUGCUACUGAAACGAUACACCAGGUAGGCUGUCCUACUCAUUUGAAGAUUGCCAAGUCUUUCUUCCUCCAAAAAACAAAACAAAACA